UCAACGGUCAUUCAAUUUUUCUUCAUAUCGGGCCCCGAUCAGUAAAAGACUCGGUGAAAUUCUAAAGGCAUCUUUGCAUAGUCAUCCCUGACUGACUGCGUAGAUCAACACGACAGUCAAAUGUGAUAUAUCGUUGUAUAUCUUUGCUUUGCUUUCGCACACGGACAUAGCGACCAUUGGGGAGUUGUUAUAAUAUGUUCUAGGCGAAGACAGAGGCGACAAAACAGACAAAUGGGUCGCGGCGAAGGCUGCGAGUGUUGCAUCUGGUUCGACAUCCACGAUCCAGACAUCGGAAAGAAAAGAUACAAAUCAUGCAAGUUCUGUAUCCUGGGGACGAUGUUGAUUGGCAUAGCCUUCAUUUGUAUCGGAGGGCCUCUUCUCUUCUUCUUCAUGUCGGAUCCUGAAGUCUACAAGGUGACCAUCGGCGCUGUCUUCACUGGCAUUGGUUGCUUUCUGUUCAUCAUGGGCAUCGUGGUCCUGGCCAUCCUCUGUUGGGUGCUCAACCACGACUGGGGUAGGAGCAAGAGGAGGGUGGCGCCAGGGAGCAUGGCAGUCGAAGCGACAUCUACCGGCAAGGACAAAAACAAGGGCAAGGAUAAAUAAAACUGCCAAACCAGGCAGAGAUUUGGGAAUCGAAACAGCACCAUCGCUCUUUCUCACUCCAAGCAGAUUGAAGGACAUUCUCUCUGCCAGUCCUGACUCUCAUUACCCUAGUAGGUCCCGGAUAUGUAUUUCAAAACUCAAUUGUUCGCAGCGUUCCACUGGCGAGUGAAAGCUAAGAAUGCCAAUAGGUGGCGCAGGAUAGCAUAUUUUGUGAUAAAUUACUGUGAUGUUAUUGACAUUCAAAUACAAAGAUAGUUUUAAAACAUAGUUCCUUUCUCCUCAUUACUAAAAUGGCAAGUUGUGGCAUUAGUGUCGUCGCUUUGUACACGUCUUCUCCCCCACAUUCAGUGAUCUUUGAGGGAGUUACGGCUUCAGAGACCAAUAUUUUCCUCCGAGGCAGAGCCAGUUUCUGCCCAGUUCGCAGGCAUCUGUUAUUCAUAUUGUGAGGGAUCAAUACCAACAACCAAUAGUAUAGUAGGCUUGGUUAGCUUAGAGUUCACCUUGUGUCAGUAGACCUCUUCGCAGUACCGACUUCACCACUCGAUCGGUGCUACAUUCCGGAUAACUAAUGUGGCAGCCAUGUUGGAUUUUGUCCACCAUCUUGGAUUCAGCGAAAGGAGCUAAAUGCAAAAAUGUCUUGCUGUUAGACCCACUAAAUAGCCCUCAGGUACCAUACCCUCGCCUGUAAAGAGACCAACUUCUUUGUUCGCAGUCACGUCUGCUUUGCAACACAACGCAAACAAAAUAUUCACAUCUUUCAUGUCCCCAGAUGACAUUGGUGCCAUCACGCGGCCACAUAUCGAACAAACAAGUCGACCUACAUUCUUUUCUGGCAUGAUAUAUCAUGAUUCAAUCAAUAAUUGUAUUGUUAUGUUUCUAAUGGGUUCACAAGCGGCGCAGCUGUUCCUAUUUAGGUCUAUACUCGAAUACAGCAUGUGCACGGCUUGUACUGUAUUCACCAUGUCUCCUAUCGUCUGGUCAACAGAAAGCUGACUUUCUCGAUUUGUUGCUGCUUGGUCGGAUGCAAAUUUGCAAAAAGGAGAUACAGUCCAAUAUAACGACGACCACAACAGGAUGGCGUCAUUACGUGGCAAGGUGCUGCUGUUUGGCAUCACGUGUCUGAUCACGUGGGCAGUCAGCUGGUUGGCCUUCUUGAAUCUCUUCGAGAUCGUCUCAACAUUGAUUGAGUGUUUUCUCCUGGCCAUAACAUGUUGUCUCUCUCUGGCUCUGCCGUCUGUCAUCAUCGUGACCUUUGACCUCUGGCGAUGUGAUCCAAGUGAGAGCCAUUCAUGUAGGUCCAUGUGGGAUCAUUACGUCAUUGGUUGGUACCGCUAUGUCACUGGAUACCGCCAGUGGGGUCGACUCAGGGAUCGAGCUCAGCAUGCGGCUGUAGCACAAGAGGAAUGUCUACUGGGUCUUGUUAGGGUUAAUCAGAACACGAACUAUGGGAAGGAACACGUGUUUAGAUCAAUGGAAUCCGUGGAGGACUUGGUCACACAGCACCCCCUUACGGAUUACUCGCAAUAUGAAUCGUACGUGAAUCAGAUCAUGAACGGAGAAGAGAACAUCCUGACAUCGGAACACGUCAGGUAUCUCGGGGUCACUUCCGGUACGACGGGUCAUGGGAAAAUGUUUCCAAUCCUGCGAUCUGUUGUGAAGGAGAUGAUGGAAGUCGUGAGCAUGACAUCGUACGCAAACAAACCACACUUUCCAAAUGCUUUCCGUCUGCAAAAGUCACUGCGCGUGACUCCAACACUGGUUGCUAAGGAAGGUCCAAACAAACUCCUGAUUGGUCCUUAUUCUGUAUCGGUCACACCCAAAAAGUUAGAAACGUUCACAACGCCAUCUAUUGCAAAUGACAUCUAUGAUGAAAUGUCCUUGACCUACAUUCACGCUCUUUUUGGGCUAAGAGAACGUAAUCUCAGAAUCAUAUCAUUCCUCUUUCCGUGUGUCGCUCACAGAUUCAUUGCAACAUUAGAAAAACACUGGAAGUCACUCUGCGAGGAUAUCGAGAAAGGAACACUGAGAAAACACCUCAACAUACCCACAGAAAUACGUGAUUCUUUAGUAGAACUCCUCACACCUGACCCCGCACGCGCCAACGAGGCCAGGGCUGAGCUUAGAUGCUGCCAGACAAACAUAUUCCGUCGCUUGUGGCCGAAACUCGACGCCAUUGAGCUCUUCACAUCCGGGACUUUCAAAAGUGCUGCCCUUGGCCUGCAGCGACGGUACUUCGGUCACGUGACCGUUGCUUCCAACUAUCAUGCCUCAACUGAAGGUUUCUACGGAACCAAUCUUAACCCAGGAGAAAAGAAUCCAAUAUACACGCCUUUAGUUUGUCACACGUUCUAUGAAUUCAUUCCUAUAGGCGAGGUUAUGAAGGAAAACCCUAUGACGGUACUUAUUGAGGACGAGCCUGAGAUUGGUCAAGAAUAUGAACUUGUCGUCACCACAAACCGCUGUCUCUACCGUUACAGAACCGGUGACAUCAUCAAGAUCUGCGGAUACUUUGAUGAGGUACCCCAGUAUCAUUUCAUGUAUAGGUUGGACCAAACCAUCAGCUUAGCGGGUGAAAGAACAACAGAAUCAGCCAUCCAAGAUGCCAUCUUGAAAGUUUUGGAGGAUAUUCCACAGUUUACGGUGGUGGACUACACGGUCACAGACAACGCCAGGUUAAAGGAGAAAAAAGACGAUGCUAAACCGAGUUAUAUCCUCCUGAUUGAGCUGCAGCUUCAGCCUCACGGAGACAAGCGAGAGAGGCUUACAGACCAGGAGAAACAGAUGUUCGACGAAGCAUUACGAGAAGUAUCCUUAGACUAUCAUGAUCUGAGGGAGAAGGAUAAACUCGGUCCACUGACGGUCAUACAGCUGAAGAAAUGGUCAUUUCUUGGGCUAAAGGACUUCAUAAGGGCAACGAAUGAAGACAUCGUGAUUGCACAUUACAAGACACCAAAAUACGCAAAGAGGCAACACACUGUGGACUUCCUGAUUGGCCAGGAACUUUAGUAUGCUAAUCAACAGUGAAUUACAAACCUUUGAUUGGUUACUUUUUGUGACAUUUGAGGGUCAUGGGAAUUAAACUUGAGAACUUGGAAACUGUACUCGAGCGACCAGUGAGUCGAUAUAGAGUAGAUAUAUGUACUACCGGUUUGUAGUUUGUUAGCCUUGAAAUGUUGAAUAGUUAUCAAGUUUUGUACAAAUCGGCACCAGCAAUAAACAAAGUGACCCUUCAUCCUUGUCAGUCAUGUUAGUAUCGUCUACCUGUAGCAGAAGUUGCUUUCUUAACUUGCCGACAGCAAAGGGCACGCAUUCUGGUUUAUAAACAACAGCAACGACGACUCAAGGUCAAACUCAACCGGGUAUUCCAAAUCUCAGAAUCGCUGUACAUGAACUGGCCAAAUGAAUUCAGAAUCACCAUGAUGCUAUUCGGGAUUCAGAAAUUCGGAACGAAACACCUCGACCCAGGUACUAUGAGGAAGACCGAGGCCUGCGAGAGUAGGGAAUCGGUAUGUUUCUAUAGGUUGCGAUCGGAACUAUCAUAUCAUAGGCGCCGCUACUUCCCUCGAUUUGGGUAGACAGAUCCUAAUGUUCUCCUCCGUUACCUAUCAUCAGGCCGAUGGUGUUUGGCAUGCGUAGGUUGCUCAGUGGUCUGCCUCCAAUGGAGAUCGAUGUUUCGAAGUUCAUCAGCGCCUCCUGAUUGAUGUCCUCAUUCAAGGAAAACGUUGAAGAGUGCAGCGUGAGCAAGACUGUGCCUCGAACACUGCCGAGAUCAGCCCUAGCUGGCAUGCCUGGGAAGGUCAUGUCUGUAGUGGGCCAUGUUGAUGACCGAUUUGAAGCAGCGUGAGGUAAGGAUGAAGCCGAUCAGGCAUGUCGAACUGGGGGAGUGCCGCGUUGUGCACCUCGACGAGUUUGUGAGGAUGGAGUGUGUAGACGAUGGUGAGCUUUUGGCUGCUUGCGGAUUCAAGUCUAGAGCCCCUCUCGUUCGUCUCAGUUGUCUCUCCCCCCAGGCCAAAAUGUCCCAGAGUUCCAGUGCAUCAACUCUUUGGCCGUGGCGCCGGGUAAAUUUCAUUCACGAGACCACACACCUCUGCCUAUUGAGGCUGCUGAUACUUCAUUAUGUUGUUCUUUCAUUCAGAGGAUAUUCAUAAAAAAUAUGUUUUUACAAAUAAUGGAAAAAAUGUAUCCAUACAUGUGAUCAGUAAUUUGAAUUUCAAAUUUUUCUUUUAUCCAAUCUGGUCUUGCGCACUGUAUUUUAGUGUGUAACCUCUGGUUACGGAAAUGACAGCGAAAAUAUGUUUACCUUUAAACGCGCUUGCCUCGGCUUGCUAAACAAAUCGGUCUUACGCUCAGUGAGAUAUCAUCUGACAUAAAAGAACUAGGUCUUGGUACCUAUACCUAGUAUAAUUUAUUCAUUGGCAAAUAUCA